GCCUGAUGUUUUAAUUCACAGGGAAAUGACCUGCACUGGCUGGCCUGUGCCUUGUACGUGGCUUGCAGAAAAGCAAUUCCAACUGUGAGCAGAGGGACAGCCGAGGGAAAUUAUGUAUCUUUAACCAGAAUUUUGCGCUGUUCAGAACAAAGCUUGAUCGAGUUUUUUAACAAGAUGAAAAAAUGGGAAGACAUGGCCAAUCUACCCUCCCAAUUCAGAGAACGAACCGAGAGAUUAGAGAGGAAUUUUACAGUUUCUGCAGUAAUUUUUAAGAAGUACGAGCCCAUUUUUCAGGACAUUUUCAGAUACCCUCAAGAAGACCAACCUCGUCAACAGAGAGGCAGAAAACAGAGGCGCCAGCCGUGCACUGUGACUGAAGUUUUCCAGUUUUGUUGGGUGCUGUUUGUUCAUGCAAAAGGUAACUUUCCUAUGAUCAGUGAUGACCUGGUCAAUUCCUACCACCUCCUGUUGUGCGCUUUGGAUUUAGUGUACGGGAACGCUCUCCAGUGUCCCAACCGCAAAGAGCUUCUGAAUCCUCAUUUUAAAGGUCUACCUGAAGACUUUCACAGUAAGGAUUAUAAAGUAUCAUCAGAUCCUCCCUGCAUCAUUGAAAAACUGUGUUCAUUGCAUUAUGGAUUAGUUUUAGAAGCAAAAGGCAUAAAGGAACAUUUUUGGAAGCCAUAUAUUCGGAAGCUUUUUGACAAAAAGCUUCUGAAAGGAAAAGAUGAAAACCUGACCGGAUUUCUAGAUCCUGGGAACUUCGGCGACAGCUUCAAAGCCAUCAACAAGGCCUACGAGGAGUAUGUUCUGUCGGUAGGAAACCUCGACGAGAGAAUAUUUCUCGGGGAGGAUGCGGAUGAAGAAAUUGGAACUCUCACAAGGUGCUUAAAUACAACUUCAGGAAUGGAAACGGCUGAAAGAGUCCAAGUGAAGCACAAUUUGCAGCAGCACUUUGACAGGUCCAAAUCCCUCAGGGUUACAACCCCACUUACCGGUCGCAAGUACAUUAAAGAGAGCAACCCCUACGUGACACCGGUUUCCAUAGCAACCUACAGUCUGAGCCGCCUUCACACCAUGCUGGCGGGGCUCAAAAAUGCCCCCAGCGAAAACCUGGAGCAGAUACUCAGGUCAUGUUCCAGAGAUCCUUCUCAGUCCAUUGCAAACAGAGUAAAAGAAAUGUAUGAAGUUUUCUGCCAGAGCGCGUCGGCUGAGGGGGAGUUCAGUACCUUUUCCAAAGAUGUUGCCAGCAAGCACUUCCGUCGCGCCGAGGUGCUGUACUACAAGGUCCUGGAGGCAGUCAUCGAGCAAGAGAGGCGGCGGCUGGGAGACGCGGACUUGUCUGCCAUCCUGGAGCAGGACGUGUUUCACAGAUCCCUGCUGGCCUGUUGCCUGGAGAUAAUUACCUUUACCUAUCAGCCGCCUGGAAACUUCCCAUUCAUCACUGAACUAUUUGACAUUCCAGUUUAUCAUUUUUAUAAGGUAAUUGAGGUUUUCAUCAGAGCGGAGGAUGGUCUCUGUCGGGAGGUGGUAAAACACCUCAACCACAUUGAAGAGCAGAUCCUGGAAAGCAUGGCUUGGAAACAGGAAUCCAUCCUGUGGGACAGGAUCAGAGACAACGAAAACAAAGUUCCCACUUGUGAAGAGGUGAUGCCGCCGCAGUACUUCGAGAGGUCUGCUGGGAACAGCGUUGUAGGGUCACCCCUGACGCCCAGACGAAUCAACGAGGUUCGCGCUGAAAGCGGAGGACUGGGGAAAGGCCUUUCAUCCUCCCCCACCACCCUGUACGACAGAUACAGUUCUCCUACAGCCAACCCCACCAGGAGGAGACUGUUUGUUGACAACGACAACGGCUCUGACAGCGGGACCCCAGUCCGAGUGUCCCAGCAGCCCGUGGUCAACACGGUGCCGGUGCAGAACGUCAGCCCCGACGCCAUGUCCGUCACCCCAGUGCCCGGCCAGACGCUGGUCACGGUGGCAACGGCCACUGUGACAGCCAAUAACGGGCAGACUGUCACCAUACCCGUGCAAGGCAUCGCCAACGAAAACGGAGGAAUCACUUUCUUCCCGGUGCAGGUGAACGUGGGGGCACAGGCUCAGGCCGUGCCUGGCCCCAUGCAGCCCCUCAGCGCCCAGGCCCUGGCGGGUCCCCUGACCCCCCAGCUGAGCGGGGCGGCGCUGCAGCUCCCGGGGCAGGUGACGGUGCAGCAGGUCUCUCCCGGGGAGCAGCGACGCACCCAGCCCCUCGCCGCGGCCGUCAGGCCCCGCAGGAUGGGCUCGCUUUCACUCUUCUUCAGAAAGGUGUACCAUCUGGCCAGUGUCCGUCUGCGAGACCUCUGUGUCAAACUCGACAUCCCUGACGAGCUGCGGAAAAAGAUCUGGACGUGUUUUGAGUAUUCCUUGGUGCACUGCCCUGAACUCAUGAUGGACAGACACCUGGAUCAGCUGCUGAUGUGUGCCAUCUACGUCAUGGCUAAGGUUACUAAGGAAGACAGAUCAUUUCAGAACAUCAUGCGCUGCUACCGCACACAGCCGCAAGCCAAGAGUCACGUCUAUCGCAGUGUCCUCAUCAAAGGCCGGUGCCGGCGCCGCUCAGGCAGCAGUGACAGCAGCAGCCACCAGAGCUCACCCACCGACAGAAGCAAAGAGAGAAACAAAGAGAGAAGCAGCAGGGACUCCAGCCCGGUGAUGCGCUCCAGCAGCACCCUGCCCGUCCCGCACCCCGGCAGCGCCCCCCCCACCCCCACCCGCCUGACGGGCGCCAACAGCGACACCGAGGAGGAGGAGCGAGGGGACCUCAUCCAGUUCUACAACAACAUCUACAUCGAGCAGAUCAAAGAGUUCGCCCUCAAGUACACCUCAAACGCACAGAUGGAUUCCCCUCCGCUCUCUCCCUACCCCUUUGUACGGAUCGGCUCCCCCCGCAGAGUCCAGCUCUCCCAGAACCACCCUGUCUACAUCUCACCACACAAAAACGAGGCUACUCUCUCCCCUCGAGAGAAAAUAUUCUAUUAUUUCAGCAGCAGCCCGUCUAAGAGGCUAAAGGAAAUUAACAGCAUGGUUAGAACUGGAGAAACUCCAACGAAGAAGCGAGGCAUUCUCCUGGAAGAUGGUACUGAAGCCCCAGCGAAGCGGAUCUGUCAGGAGAACCACACUGCUCUGCUGAGGCGACUGCAGGACGUAGCAAACGACAGAGGGUCUCACUGAGUCCAUCCCUCCCUCGCUGCUGCUCCUCCCAUGGGGGUCACCAGCCUCUGCCAGUGUCCUCAGCCGGGCUGCCCCGGCCCCAAGGCGUCUCCUGCCGGACUGUGC